AACAACAUGCAGAAGGACCUUCAACAUAGGAGUCUGGGACCCCGAAACAUGACUGGAAUUUACCUAGGAAUGAAAUGUAUCCCACCCCAUAUGAAACGACACACUGCACCUCCUAAAAUCUACAGAAGGGGCAGGCGGAGUGUUAAAACACCGACCGAGUGCAAGUGCUAUGACAAGAUCGAACUACUUCGUGCAACAGAGCCUCGGCAAGGUUUCACUGGUGCUGCUGUGAAGGCAAAGGUGAAAUCUGUCAUUGUGGAUGAAGAAUUGUCUCCUCCCUGCCUCAAUAAGUCCACUCUCCCAACGGCAGAGGAACUAAAAAAACUGACAAGGAAGAUUUUCAGGGAAUACUCAUUUCCAUCCCUGAAUGACCGCAGAAUGCAGGAACUGGGUUACAAAUGGUGCACCUUCAGAAGUUCUAAUAGCAAACUACAAGCUAAGGAGAAUUCCCUCACAUCCCCAGUCAGAAACAGAGGAGGAUAUGAUACAGAGACGAAAGUUCUUGGAACCGCACUCUUUAGGACUGAACCCGUUGAUCUUCAACAAGAAAGCCAGAAAAUCCUGUGUGGUUUGCAGUGUGAUGAAUACAAGGAGCUAACCCAGAGGUUCCAUCAUGGCUUAUCAAUAAAGAAUCUGCAAACACAUCAGGAGCCUAAAAAGCUUUGCCAGACUGGUGGCCCUGAAACAUCUUGCAUGCCGCGUUCCACGAAUAACCAAUUUCUCCUGCCAUCACUCUACACCUGCAUGGUGCCAUCAUUUCUCACUCGGACACCGCUCCCCAUGGAUAAAACCAGACUGGCAAGGAGACAGGGGAACCUCACUGAAAAUGAUUUCCUAGGCAAUAAAAAGCCUACAUCUGUAUCAAUGGUGACUGCAAGCCUCAUCUCAAGGUCAUUGGAGCUAAAACAAAGAUCAACUGAACAUUACAGCAACAGACAGUCAUCUGAAGACUCUCCAAUCAAUGAUAAUCCAACAAAAAAGCCAAUUACUUCUAGAAGAUAUAAAGAUAUUCCUAAAAGCAAAGCUGAAUGUAACGGUCAAGAGGAUACAACUUUCUUAUCAGGAUUUCCAGCUGCCAAGGAGUCUGAAGAACCCAUUCAGCAGAAACAGAAAGAAAAACAAAACCAACAAUGCGAUGCCCUUAAUCCUGUUCAUAAUCACAGUGUUUCUUCUGAAGAAGUAGUAUCUCUAGUACAUACAGGAGACAAAACAGAAGAAGCAGAACAAAAUGUGCCAUUAGAUAGCACAGCAGGCCUGGCAAGGUAAAUUGAGGCAAUCAUUGACCUGAAAACAGAGAAAGAAGGUGUUCAGUCAGACACUGGGGACCAGAACUGAAAAUAUUUUAGAAGAUUGUUGUCUCAGAAAAACAUAUAUAGGGUGUCCUAUAAGUCAGACAUCAUAGUCAAUAUUGUUAAAAUUGUUUCUCUUUUUUCUUUCAGAUAUAAAUUUUCUUUCAUCAAAGAGAAAUUCAUUAAUGUAAUUGAUGGGUGGUGCAGAUUAUCAAUGGGGUGUGGCUGGGUUAGGGUUAGGGUUAGGGU